CAAGAAGCAAGAGCAUAAACAAAAAGGUAAUGCAAUCAUAAGCUUAUUCUCCAAUUGACAGGAAUGAAAAGAUCAUCAUUACUCGAUAAGGUUCAUCUACUUUUCUGACAGCACCUAAGUUUUGUGCAAAUGCUCACGGCCAUCAUUACAAAGAAACAGAGGUCAAGAUCAAUCUUACAUAGACCAACAGUUCCCAAAUAAUCUUCUCUUUUUCCAGCUGAGCUUAAUCCCUUAUUUUCCUGUAACCAAUAAAAAAGACAUCAGCUAAAAGAUACAACAAGAACCAAAAUCACCUCAGAGUCAAAUGGCUAGAGAGAGAUGGUAUAGGUCACUCACUAUUCACUAAAGGAAGAAGGCAGUCAAUGACAAGUCUAGAUCGGUAAACAAUUUUCAGAAAUAAGAAAAGGUUUGAGUUUUUUUGUAGAUACCUGUGGGGUGUUCAUGGAGAAGGCUGUAGUGGUGAGAAGAAGCCCCUCAACGUAUUUGCCCAUGAUAUCAACCUCCAGGUUCACUUUCUGCCCAAUUUUCUUGGUUGGACUCACCACAUUAUGCUGGGUAUAACUUAUACCGCAUCCUCCAGAGUUUAAGGAGUUCCAUCUCGAAACAAUGGCACGGGCUAGCAAGCAUGCAGAGACAUCCUCAGUAGUCUCGACGGAAAUGACUAAGCAGAAUAAUCAGAGGCCUCAUAUCACUGAACCAAAGAGCCCUUUGCUUCAAGCAAUGCUGAGAGCUCGUCCUAUUGAAGCAAAAACUUCUACUGAAAUUGAACAGGAGGAGCUCAAGAAGGUGCCAAAAUUCAGGGCAAGACCUUUGAAUAAAAAGAUAUUUGAAAGUAGAGGAGAGAUGGGAGUAUUUUGCAACACAAAAGACCACGUAACCAUACCUCAAGAGUUCCAUUUCCUGACAGAUGAGAGGAUUUCACAGCCUAAAUCUGUUAUAGAUCUAUUCGAUAAGCUCUCUUUGAACUCUGAAUCUUGCCGCCGUCAAAGGCCUUUACAAAGGAACACUACACCAAACCCUUUCCUUCUGAGAACAGAAGAACGAGGUGCUGAAAAAGAAAAGAAGUUUGUAAGACAAGUCAUACAUAAGCAGAUAGAAGCUGAAAAGGCCAGAACUCCCAAAGCAACCCCAUAUCCAUACACAACUGACUAUCCCGUGUUCCUACCAAAACCAGAGCCUAAGCAAUGCACCAAACCAGAACCGUUCAAGUUAGAGAGUGUAGCUAGGCACGAAGAGGAAAUGGAGGAGAGGAUGAGAACUGAGAGAGAAGAAGCCCAAAGAAGAGUUUUCAGAGCACAGCCAGUGAUAACAGAAGAUCCAACUCCUGUUCCAGAGAAAGUACCAAAGCCUCUCACAGCAAUUCAAGAGUUCAAUCUCUAUGUGGACCAUCGGGCUGUCGAAAGGGCAGACUUUGACCAUAAAAUCAAAGAGAAGAAAAUGAUAUAAAAGAGAUACCGCAAAGAGACUGAAGCCGCACAAAUGGUAGAGGAAGAGAGAGCUCUAAAACAACUGAGAAGGACGAUGGUUACCCAUGUAGAAGUCGGAAAACCGAAUCAAAUAAACGAUAUAAUAAAAGCGAGAUGUUAAGGAAAGAAAUGAUUGAAAAGCCGAAAUGAAACCGGAACGAAAACGUUCAUGGAGUCGAGAUAUGAUAUCUCUUUCCUUAACUCUUUAUAUUUGCUCCGUAGUGAGACGGGACUGUACGAAUAUAGAGUCCCAGGAUAAAACCAUGGCGACGAUUCACGCUUCACUCGUGAACGCCCUAUCAAACUAUAAACUCUACGAAAUACUCUCGAAAACUAAAGACUUAUGCUAAGGGAUUUUUUGCUGGAUAUCGAUGUGAAAGUAGUGAGUAAUGAAUGAGGAGGAGAGGCAGUAUUUAAAGAGAAGACGGAGCAGCCACUUCCCGCAACAGCUGCUGCACGUGUGCGAGAAUCUCACGGAGAUCGAGGGAAGGUAAGUUGCGAAACUUCUUCCUCAAGACUCGUUCUCUUCUUUUUUAAAUAUCUCGAGAGGAUAAAAUGCGUGUCGUUUUUAUUUUGUAGACAAACUGCUUGUCGUUUCGAAAUAAAAUGCAUGUCAUUUUUGAGAAUUAAAUGGACAAAAAUGU